AUGCAGGGCAACGCUCACGCUUCCACCUCGGCGAGCGCCGUCGAGCAGCCCCCCACUGCCGCCGCCACCGCCUUUGGAAGCCAAGACUUCAUCGCCUUUGACUUCAACGACGACGACGACGCUGCUGCUGCCAGCACCAGUACCGACCUACAGCAGCAGCAGCAGCAGCCAUCGCAACCCACCACCCGCAAAGAACGCAAUGCCAAGGGGCGCGCCAGCGACGUCGUCGCCUCGUCAUCGCAGGCGGCCGGCAAGAAGCGCAAGAUCGACGACCGCAGAGACGACGGCAAGACCAAGCAGGAGCGCAUCCAGGAGAGAAAGGAGCUCCGCUCAAAGUACACGCCCUGGUCCGCCGACGUCGACUGGGACCGAUGCCGCAACGGCGCAGAGAUGCUCCACCGCGAGCUCAUGGCCUUCGACAUGUGGCUCGCACCCACCUACGCAGAGCACGAGACCCGCGUCAUGGUCAUCGACCUCAUCCGCCGCGCCAUAAAGGGCAGGUGGAGCGACGCAGAGGUCUACUCGUUCGGCUCACAGGAGACCAAGCUCUACCUGCCCCAGGGCGACAUCGACCUCGUCGUCGUCAGCGACAUGAUGGACUACCAGGCCCGCGAGACGGUCCUCCGCGCCAUGGCCUCCACCCUCCGCCAGCACAACCUCGCCACCCAGGUCCAGGUCAUUGCCCGCGCAAAGGUCCCCAUCGUCAAGUUCGUCUGCACCUAUGCCAAGCUCCACGUCGACAUCUCGGUCAACCAGACAAACGGGCUCUCGGCCGCAAAGUACGUAAACAGCUGGCUCAGAAAGACGCCCAGCAUGCGGCCCCUCGUCAUGGCCGUAAAGCACCUCCUCGUCCAGCGCGGCAUGAGCGAGGUCUUUUCCGGCGGACUCGGCAGCUACAGCGUCAUCCUCAUGGUCAUCAGCUUCCUCCAGCUCCAUCCAAAGCUCCAGCGCGCCGAAAUCGACCCGGCACGCAACCUCGGCGUCCUCUUCCUCGAGUUCCUCGAGCUCUACGGCAAAAACUUUGGCUACGACACCUGCGGCAUCUCGAUCCGCGGCAAGGGCGGCUACUUUAGCAAGGCCCGCCGCGGCUGGAGGGACGAGCGCAAGCCGUUUAUGCUCUGCAUCGAGGACCCGCACGACCCCUCCAACGACAUCUCGCGCGGCUCCUACGGCAUCCUCAACAUCCGCGCCGUCUUUUCCGGCGCCUUCGACAUCGUCACGGCCGCCAUCUGCCACCGCGGACGCGGCGCCGCCGAGCGCGCGACGGCCAAGCAGCCCACCCACCGCAAGUUUGGCGACGGCGACGACGAUGACGACGACGACUCGGAAAACGAGGACGCCGCCGCGCGCCGCGUGCUCCUCGAAGAGGCCCGCGGCGUCGUCCACAAUCCGGACGACAAGGACCCAAAGAGCCUGCUCGGGUGCAUUGUCGGCGUCUCCAAGGCCAUGAUGAAGCAGCGCAGCGACAUGGAAGACCUCUACCACUCUGGCUCGCUCCAGAAUCGCCUCGGACGCCCCCCGCCCCUGCCAUCCCCGCCUCCCGCAGAGCGCUACAUGCGGGCCGACGCGUCGGCAUCGGCUUCGGCUUCGGCGCCAAAAGGGCCCAAGGGAAAGGCGGCGCAGCAGCAGCAGCAGCAGCAGCAGCAGCAGCAGCAGCAGCAGCAGGGCCCUUCGCCCAAGAAGAUCAAGGGCCAGGCCCAGAGGUUGGCGGCGUCGGCGGCCUCGUCGCAGCGUCGCGGCAACGCCUCGGACCCCAUCAGCAUCUCGAGCUCGCCGGAUCGCGACCUCGAGCCAUCGACGACCCUCAGCAUCCGCGGCGCUGCCAACAAGCAGCACCAGAACGGCCGCGCCAACGGCUCCGCGGCGGCGACGGCGGACGGCGCCUCGCGCUCCUCAUCGCCCGACAUUGUCGACGAGGCCGAGCUGGCGGCCAGCCAGGGCUUUUCUUUUUCGAGCGGCUCCAACCCGAGCCAGAGCCGGGGCGAGGCGCUGAUGGGCCUCCCGCACGACUCGCCAUCGCAGUCGGCAGUGCACGCCCACAGCAAUGGGGUCAUCGAGAUCCUCUCGACGAGCGACGAGGAGGACUCGCGCUACAAUGCCGCCCCGGCCAAGCGGAGAAAGACGGCGCACAACAGCAGCCCGCACGUCGCCGCCGGCAAAGGUCGCAACGGCGCGCGCGGCGCGCGGCGGGGCGACCCGGCCGCCGAGAUGGAGGACCUGUCCAUGACGGCGCCCAGCACCUUUGUCGACGACUCGUCCGACGACGCCGCUUCUGCCGCCGGCGGAGGCAAGCUCACCGCCCGUGCCAGGCGCGAGUACUGGGCGUCCAAGGGCGUCGUCUCGCCAAAGGAGCAAGAGGGGGACCUGGACUGA